AUGUCUCAACCUCACAACGAUCAUCUUCUUCCGCAAGCUGAAACAACAUGUGGAUUACUUAUUCAAGAACUUCAGACAAUAUGGCACGAAGUUGGAGAGUCUCAGUCUGAAAAAGAUAGGAUGUUGUUUGAGCUUGAACAAGAGUGUCUAGAAGUAUACAGAAAAAACAUAGAUAAAGCUAAUUGCUCCAGAGCUCAAGUGAGGCAGGAAAUUGCUGAUUCUGAGGCAAAACUUACAGCUAUCUGUUCAGCAAUGGGAGAGCGACCAGUACAUAUUAGACAGUCUGAUCAUAAGGCUACAAGUUUGAAGGAAGAGCUAGCAGUCAUUCUCCCUGAGCUGGAAGAAAUGCAAAAAAGAAAGCUUGAGCGUAGAAAUCAAUUCAUAGAUGUCCAAGAGCAGAUUCAAAGUGUCUCAAAUGAGAUUUAUGGUCCAAGAGAAAUUGUCCCAUUCAUUGUAGAUGAAACAGAUUUAUCGUUGAGGAAACUUGAAGAAUUGCACAGACAACUCCAUACACUUCAAAAGGAGAAGAGUGAUCGUCUCCAGAAGGUCCAAGACAACCUGUGCAGUUUAAGGUCUCUCUGUUCAGUACUUGGUUUAGACUUUACGCAGACAGUCAGCGAAGUCCAUCCUAGUUUAGGACAUUCAGAAGGAUCUAAGAGUGUAAAUAAUGAUACCAUCAGCCAAUUGGCUUUAGCUACACAAGAACUUCGAGGAGUGAAAUUGCACAGAAUGCAAAAGCUUCAAGAUCUAGCAACAUCAAUGUUGGAGCUCUGGCAUUUGAUGGAUACGCCUAUUGAAGAGCAACAGGUGUUUCAGAAUGUAACUUGUAACAUUGCAGCUUCAGAAGAUGAAGUUACUGAAUCAAACAGCUUGUCCGAGGACUUUAUUAAUCAUGUGGAGGCAGAAGUAUCUAGAUUAGAGGACUUAAAAUCAAGCAAAAUGAAAGAGCUUGUUUUCAAGAAAAGAGCGGAGCUAGAGGAGAUUUGUAGAAAGACUCAUUUGGUUCCUGAAUUUGACGGUGCGGUAGAACAUGCUAUUGAAGCAAUAGAGUCUGGAUCUGUAGACCUUGCUUGUCAUGUGACGAAGAGGGCUUGGCUUGAGGAGUACAGUAGGGAUGAAAAUCGAUACAAUGCUGGUAAAGGUACUCAUCUUAAUCUCAAGCGAGCUGAAAAAGCACGUGUCUUGGUGAACAAAAUUCCAGCAAUGACAGACACAUUGACUUCAAAAACAGUAGCAUGGGAAAAAGAUAAAGGAACUGAGUUCAUAUAUGAUGGUGUCCGUCUAACUUCUAUGCUUGAAGACUACAUCUUAUUACGGCAAGCUAAGGAGCAAGAACGCCGCAGACAGCGGGACCUGAAGAAACUUCAGGGACAAAUAAUAGCAGAACAGGAAGUAUUGUAUGGAUCAAAAAGCCCUUCAAAGGCUCUUAGUGCAAGAAAAGCACCUAGGACGCCAAAUGGAAGUGCGGCUAGUAGAAGAGUCACCUUUGGAGGAUCAACGCUAAAACCUGACUCAAAACUUACUCACUCAAGCUCCAUAAAGAAGACUAACAGAAUGCAUCAAAUUGAGCAAACAAAUGACCUAGACGAUAGCAUGUCAUGUUUAUCAUCAGCUAGAAGAGGACUUGAUAUUGCUGAUAUUCCUAAGAGAAAAUACACAUUUGGUACCGGAAUUGUUCGGGAUAUCGAAUCUCCUUUGACGCGACAACCCUUUACAACCAUCUCUUCGACAGUAUCAUCACAAGAGAAUGUGGAAAGUGCCUCAGUUGAAUUAAAUAUGCAGAAGCUUAAGUUGCAGGAAACAUUAGCAAUUAACAAUUUUCCAUUCACUAGUACCUCAAAGACAGACACAGUGGUAGAUGAAGAGAGUAGAACUCCAAAGGCAAUGCCUAUUCCUUCCUCCCAUUCUACACCAAUGACUGUGCCAAUUCCUAUGAAUAUGGCCAUGACUCCAGCACCUUUUGGAGGUGAAUUGGUUCCAGAAAUAGAAUAUUCCUUUGAGGAAAAAAGGCUUGGCUUUCUAUUAGCAUGA